AUGGACCGCCUACCGCACCUGCACCGCCCAACAAAAGACGAGCUGUUGGCUGCGGCCACAAGUUUCUGGCAGAGACUCGGCAUCCGCUUCAAGUGGUUCUCCAUCCGAAGUGCCCGUCCUUUCAACUCGGAUGACAUUAGCGCUUUCGUGUCGUGGAUCCUGUUCGGCCACAUUCUCUGGAUCAUACUCGGUACUACAACCUUUGUCUCGCUUGCCAUCUUCUUCAUGAACACUGUCUUUGCUCAAGAGACUCUUGCUGGCUGGGUUGGUAAUUACUUGACUCAGUCGUCUGGAGUCAAGGUCGUCUUCGAGUCGGCUAUUGUCCCACGCUGGAACGAUGGUGUCAUCUCCUUCAAGAACGUCUUCGUAUCGAGGCGUCCGGGUCAGGGGAGUUCGAAUGUCACAAAGGGCUCUUCUGCGAGUGCCGCCGCCGCUGCCGCAGCAGCCGCUUCUGCAGGCAAGCCCGAACGCAAGGAACAGAAAGACGAGGACACCAAUUACACACAGUACGAGGUUUCAAUAGACACAGUCAACGUCACUCUGUCCUUUACAAAAUGGUUCAACGGUAAGGGCCUGCUGGAGGACGUCGAGAUCAAGGGCGUACGAGGAGUAGUCGAUCGUACUUCGAUAUUGCCGGGUGAUCCAACCAUCGAUCCCAAAUCGUAUCGACACGAACACACAACCGGAGACUUCGAGAUUGGCUCGUUCAAGGUCUCAGAUGUCCUGCUCACUGUCUACCAGCCAAACGACUUCCGUCCGUUCUCAGUGUCCAUCUUCUCGUGCGACCUUCCUCGCUUCCGCAAACAAUGGCUGUUCUACGAUCUGAUGUCUGCCAACAUGAUCUCUGGCUCCUUUGACGAUUCUUUAUUUACUAUUCAUCCUCGACAAACGCACAGUCAUACUGGGCUGAGCAUCAACGAGGAAGACGGCGAUCAUUCUGCCUGGAAGAAGCACAGUCGCCUGCGCAUCGACGGACUGAACAUUGACCAUCUGAACAGAGGUGUCGAAGGUCCCUUCUCUUGGAUUCACGAGGGAAAUGUCGAUAUUGUUGCCGACAUCAUGUUCCCAGCAGAUCAAGAUGGCUCAAUCGCAAAGGUCAUGUCUGACUUCUACGAUCGUAUGGAAGCAACCGUCGCUCAUAAUUAUCUCCAUACUACACAUCAACACGAUACUAGCGAUCACCACGAUGAGCAAGAAGUAGCAGACGAGAAUGAGGAAGACAAACGAUUCAUCGUCAUGGAUCUUCGUGUUCACCUGAAUGAUGUUCGAGCUGCAGUCCCAAUUUUCACCAGGGAUCUGUCGUACGUCAACAACGCGCUCAUCCGACCUAUUGUCGCAUACAUCAACUCGAAGCGAACAUUCAUACCAAUCAACUGCCGCGUGGUCAAGCGAGUUAGCGAAUUCGAUGGAAGCUGGACAGUGUUUGACAGCGGAUUGCUGGACGAUUUAUCGAGAGAGACGUACGAAGCCUUUGCCCGAGAUAUUGUCGAUGACGGAGCCCGCACCCGAAGAUUGAAGAAAGUUGGUCUCUGGACCAUCCAACUAGCGGCACAAGCUCUCUUCAUCGGACUCGCUGGUCAACUCGUCUAG